AUGAUCGAUAAUGCGCUAUAUGGGUUCACCCGGAUCCCGAGGUCUGAGGAUCACGGAAGUACUGCGGAUGUGUUCGAGAACGGGGAACCGGUGGAUCCAGGCAAGCCUUCGGUGCUUGGUCGCAGAUCAUAUAUCGAUGACAUCCUGAUCCCCGCAGAUAACUGGGAUCAACUAUGUGACCGAGUCGAGGGGUUGCUCGAGGCUUGCGAUAAGUGGAAUCUGUCGAUCAGUGUGGUUAAGAGUUUCUGGGGGAUGCCCAAGGUGGAAUACCUGGGUCAUAAGGUCUCACACAAUGGACUGGAGGCGAAUCCAAAAGACCUGUCCGCAUUGACUGAUCUAGCCUUUCCAGGAUCACUCAGAGCUAUGCAAUCAUUUUUGGGAAGUCUGAACUAUUAUAGCCGAUUUAUUGACGACUACGCGAUCUACGCGUCGGUCCUGUACGAAUUGAGAGAAAUCGACUUUGCUGCGAUGACGAAAGAAGCUACCCAAGCGCGGAUCCAACAAGUACUGGAAAGGGAGGACGUAGAUCAAGGAUCGCAGGAAGAUCAAGGUGUCGACCACCGAAAGACUUUGGAUCUGGAUUCACCCGACCUUACUGAGGUGGAUUCGCGGUGGAUCCACGCCUAUCGGUCUUUCAACUUGCUCAAAACCAGGAUUGCCACCACUCCGAUCUUACGACAUUUUGAUCCGGAUCGGAAGGCCACAGUGGUGGUGUACGCUAGCGAUUGGGCCAUCUCGGGAGCGUUGAGGCAAGAAUACGACCAGAUCUACUAUCCCGUGAUGUUUGCAAGUCGUACUCUGAAGUCGAACGAACUAAACUACGGCAUCGCGGAGAAGGAG